AUGUCAACGGAGACCUUUACGCAAAAUAGUCUCUUCAAUGCCGGCCUCUCGGGGCCAAAAAGCUACUACUACUACGAACAAGAACAAUAUCACCACCACCACCACCUAUACAGCCCGUCACCGAGGCUCUCUGCGCUGGCCUCUCCACAUCUGUCAGCGGCGCACGCCCAGGCUAAACAAACCAAUUCAUCUUUCAAGCAGUCGACGACAACAGCAGCAUCAACAACAAUAAUGACCCGGCAACAACGGCGAGCAUCACAGCAGCUUCAACCUCAGCCACUUCACCCGCUCGCAACGCUGGUUGCAGUGGUUUUCGACUUUUUCCUGCGCGGCAUCUUGGACCUCACGUGGCCGUUCAGGGAACUCUUGAGGAUGAUCGUCAGGGGAGUCUUCGCCAGCCUGUGUUGGGCGUACCAUGCCCUGCCGUUACCGCUCGCAUUGGGUCUGCUCUACUUUGGGUUUCAGAGCGUGCCGGAGGCAUUACGAAGCGUCGAGGAAUUGAGGGCCGUCUAUGACACUCGUCUGGACGGUGGGUUUCGGGCGACACCAGACAUAUCCGGUGUCGAGGGGCUCUACGCUCUGGGAGAGCUUGCACUCGUGAGGUGGGGAGAUUUGGGCGUCUUGUCGGCGUUCUACUGUCUCGCUUUGAUGACGGCGGCGUAUGGGGUGAUGCUCUUCAUUGAGAUGCGCGACUACGUCCGCGACACCUGGGCGCUCAUCGAAGUAGAGGUCAAGGCGUUACGAGCGGACGAAUCUAGCUGA